AUGGCCGAAACCAGAAACCGAAACAAUAAAAAAAUUCCGAUACCGAAAUGUCCAAUUUGCCAAACAGUUUACAACGAUCACUCUCACACACCUCUCCUUCUGCACUGUGGUCACUCUUUCUGCAUAAACUGUUUAUCUCGCCUCCUCCUCUCUUCCUCACCUAAACUAUCACAAAAACCCUCUCUUACCUGUCCUAAAUGCCGACACGUGUCCCCUCUCGGCAACUCCCUCCUUUCCCUCCCUAAAAACUUCUCCCUCCUCUCUUCCAUCCUUGCCUCCUCCUCCUCCUCCUCCGCCUCCGACUCCGAUUCUGACGCCUCCGACGAGGAGAGCGACGCCAAUCCUCGCCAAGUUCUGUGCUCUACAGCACGUGUUGAAUUGGCUGGUAAUUUGUGUAGAGAUCAUGAAUUGAGGAUUGUGAAGGGGAUUGGUGAGGUGAAGUGGAGCGGUUUGUUGGUGAAGGGGAAGGAGUGUAAGCAUAAGGUAGUUGUGAAGAGAGUUAGGGUUGGUGACGUGGCGGAUGGUGAUUGGGUGGAGAAGGAGCUGGAGAAUUUGAGGAGGAAAGUUGUGUGGUGCAGAAAUGUGUGUCGAUUUUACGGCGUAGUGAAGAGUGGAGAGGAUGAUUUGUGUGUUGUGACGGAAAAAUGUUUUGGUUCUGUUAAGGAACAGUUGGAAGGGAACGGUGGCCGCCUCUCUCUUGAUCAAAUUUUGAGGUAUGGAGCGGAUAUUGCACGUGGGGUAAUUGAACUUCAUGCUGCAGGUAUUGUAUGCAUGAACUUAAAGCCAUCCAAUUUUCUUCUAGAUGCAAGUGGUCAUGUGGUGGUUUCUGAUUAUGGACUUCCGAUGAUUCUGAAGAAACCUUCUUGCUCAAAGGGUCUGCUUGUGCCUGAGGUUGAUCUGUUAAAAUUGCAUUGGUGUAUUGAUUGUUUGUCAUUAAGUCCGCAUUAUUCUGCUCCAGAGGCAUGGGAGCCAUUGAAGAAGUCUCUGCACUUAUUCAGGGAUGGCAACAUUGGCAUAUCUGCAAAAUCGGAUUCCUGGAGUUUUGGUUGUGCUCUUGUUGAAAUGUGCACUGGUUUUACUCCGUGGGCUGGUUUAAGUGCAGAAGAGAUCUACCGUGCUGUUGUUAAGGAAGGAAGAUCACCUCCACAAUAUGAAAAAGUUGUAGGUCAUGGGAUUCCUACAGAACUAUGGAAGAUGAUUGGUGAGUGUCUACAAUUUAAGGCAUCGAACAGACCAACAUUUCAUGCAAUGCUUGGCAUAUUUCUCCGUCAUUUGCAAGGGAUACCUCAAAGUCCUGCUAUUCCUAAUACAGAACUUGCAAACUGUUCUGGAAUUGAUGUGCUGGAACAUUCUCCUACAUCCGUCCUGGACAUUUUCCCGGUCAAAAGCAACCAUCUGCAUCAACUUUUGUCUGAUGGCAACGUGGAUGGUGUUAGAGAUCUUCUUGCCAAGUCUGCAUCGGGUAACAAUGGCAACUCAGUUAUUUCUCUGCUUGAAGCACACAAUGCUGAUGGUCAAACCGCAUUGCACUUGGCUUGUAGACGGGGUUGCCUUAAACUUGUUGAGUCCAUUUUGGAGUACAGCAAUGUGGAUGUAGAUAUUCAUGACAAAGAUGGGAACCCACCAAUAGUGUUUGCUUUAGCAGCUGGAUCCGCAGAAUGUGUACGAGCUCUUAUCAGAAGAUCAGAUUAUGUAACUUCUAGGAUGAGUGAAAGCUUUGGCCGGUCGGUUGCUCAUGUUUGUGCUUAUUAUGGGCAACCAGAUUGCAUGUGGCUAGAACUUGCAUCAGAAGAAGAAAUUGAUGGAGCAAUUAACCUACCCAGUUCAGUUGGAGCUGCAGUAUGUCUGGCAGCUGCUUUAAAAAAAGAUCACGAAACAGAGGGCAGAGAGCUGGUGAGAUUACUUCUUGCUGCUGGAGCGAACCCUGCUGCCCAAGAUACUGAAAAUCAUCAAACAGCUUUGCAUACAGCUUCAGCAGCAAAUGAUGUUGGGUUGGUCAAGAUCAUUCUUGGUGCUGGCGUGAAUGCUAACUUACGAAAUGUGCAUGGUACGAUACCUCUUCAUUUAGCACUGGCUAAAGGUGCGAAGCAUUGUGUCGAAUUGCUCUUGGCUGCUGGGGCAGAUUGUAAUAUGCAGGAUGAGGAUGGUGACAACGCUUUCCAUAUAGCUGCUGAAGCUGCAAGGUUGAUACGUGAGAAUCUUGACUGCAUCAUCCUUAUGCUGCAAUGCUCGAAUGCAGCCAUUGAAAUAAGAAACAACAGUGGUAAGACAUUGUGUGACCUCUUGGAAGCCCUGCCCCGAGAAUGGAUUUCAGAAGAGCUUUUGGAAGCACUUGCUGAUAAGGGAAUUUCUUUAUCUCCAUCAAUGUGA